CUGCCCCUUCUAUGUCCUACACUUAUCCACUGCCGGACCUGGCCCAGUACGACGUUUCUGAGAAGACCGGCUUCCUGCCGGAGGAGCUACCGCUGGAGUCGUUGGGUCCCUACUACGAGCCGUGGGAACGACUUGUGCGGGCCUUGCCGGGCCUGCUGUUGACAAAGCGCAUUCGCGCUGUUGUGGACGCCCUGCCGCUGCUGUCGACGGUGCAGCUACACACUGAGGCCGAGUUCCGGAGAGCGCACUCGGUGCUGGGCUUUCUUGCCCAUGCAUACAUCUGGGGAGUGGCCGAGCCGACAAACCGUCUUCCUGAACAACUGGCCAAGCCGUGGAUCGCUGUUUCCGAGCAUCUGCGUCUGCCGCCCAUUGCCACCUACGCAGACCUGUGUUUGUGGAACUUCCGCUAUCUUCUGCCCGAAUCCGACGCCGAUUUCCUCGACAACAUACAGACUAUCUCCACGUUUACCGGGUCCUUUGACGAGAGCUGGUUUUAUUUGGUGAGUGUGUAUUUCGAGUACAAGGGCGCCUCCUGUUUGACGACAGGGCUGGAAGCGAUCAAACACGCCAGAGAAGGCUCGGCAGACCGCGUCGUGCAGUGUCUGCAGCGGCUCGCUGAACAAAUCGACUAUCUGGGCUCUGUGCUGAUGCGUAUGGAAGAAAUGUGCGAUCCACACGUAUUCUACUUCCGUCUGCGUCCGUAUCUGGCGGGCUGGAAAAACAUGAAGGAUGCCGGACUCGAAAACGGCGUCUACUACGGCAACGAGGCCGUUCCGCGCGAGUACAGCGGCGGCUCGAACGCGCAAUCAUCGCUCAUUCAGGCGCUCGACCUGCUGCUGAACGUUGAGCACCGGUCGACGGGCGAGCAGGCUCCUUCUGCAGGCGAAAAUGCAUUCAUGGCAGACAUGAGACGAUACAUGCCGGGCAAGCACGCCGACUUCUUGGCCCAUCUGGGCAAGAUCAACAUUUUGAGUGACUACGUGGCCAAGCACGCCCACGAGAACUCUGAGCUUGUUCUGUCAUACGAUGCGUGCGUCGCAAUGCUCAAAUGUUUCAGAGACAAGCAUAUCCAGAUCGUGACCCGCUACAUCGUGAUCCAGUCGCAAAAAGCGCGCAGCAUGGGCUCCCAGACCACCAGUACGCUGCGUGCCGGCCUUGCAAAGGCCAAGACGCCCAAAAAGGACAUUCGCGGAACCGGAGGCACCGCCCUGCUACCGUUCCUCAAGCAGUGCAGAGACGAGACCGGCAACGCUGCUGCCGGCAGCUGGGGAAGAAGAAUACUCAGCUACAAGGAAAAACCGGCGCCAUCUUCGUCUUCCGAAACCGUCGGCCUGGCCGGCCAAUGGACCAAGGGCGCCGGCGACGGCUCUGUCCAUUGGUAACUCUGCCUUAGCAAAAUCUAUAUCCAUCAUUCAAACUUUAUGUAGCCCAGACGGUCGUAUAUUCCGCGGUUGCGGAUGUACCCGUCCAGUUUCUUGUAAUUUUCCGACAACUGUCUGCCCAACGCCAGUCUAUCUGCCAUGAGAUGGUGGUCUCUGUCUUUGUCGGUGCACUCGAUCCACUCGAGGGUUUUAUGUAUAAACUGUUCCACCAGCUUGUGUCUUUCGUGCUCUAGCUUCUCUUUCUCUUCUGCGUCCGUGUGCAGCUUGCCAUUGGCCUCUUUCGUGGGCUCCAAAUACUUCCACUCGUAGUCAUCGUCGCCUCCCAAAUCCUUUGGAACGUGCGCCUUGUCGAUAACCGCAAGCAAGUCCUCCGUUUUUUUCGUGAAUUGGAUUUUUGACGCAACCACCGGGUCCAACCAGUUCUUGACAAUGUUCCAGAUGCCUCCAAAAAUCCACGGAGCACUGUGGAUGAACAGCACGCCUAACGACUCUGGAUAAUGUGCCUCGAAAGCCUUGAUAAUGAACUUGACUGAGGUGUAGUCCAUGUUGCUCAUGCUGAACCCGGUCAGGUCAAAGAUCAGCGAGCACGAGUCGAUGGGCUCGUUUAUCAGCAGCCGCGCGUACUCAAUCACCAAAAUCGUGAACAGCUCGAUCUCCUCCUCGGUCUGGUCGCUCGGGAAGUGGUAGCGGGGCCGAAUGAUCACAAUCGGCCGGCCAGAUUUGUCCUCGCCCCGGAUCACACACUUGCCCGUCGCAAACUGCUUGAUCACGCCCUUCUUGCCCGCCUCCAGCAUCCCCAGCUCGCCCUCGCGGAAAACCCGCUCCACGUCGAACUGGUUCCUGCGCCAGUCCAUCGUGUUGGCUAUCAUCGCCAAGGACUUGUCCACGUCCCACUUCCGCGCACGCACAAACCGCAGCAACAGGUUGUCCGGCGUGUCGUGGCGUAGAAAGUCCCAGAAAGCGUUGCGCGUCUCUGCGUCCAGCGGCCGGAACGCCUCAUGCACCCGGCCACCCAGAUCGUGGCUAAGGUGUGUGCUGAGCUCCUCCUCGGCCUUCUUGCUGCUAUGGCCGCGGCGAAACCGUCCAAAAAGACCCUUUUUCCGGUUCUUCUUGAUGCUCUCGCUCGACUUCACAGAGCUCAGCGUGUUGUGCCUGCUGCUCUUGGCCGUCUCGUCCCCCACCGUGUACCCGUUCGCCUGGAGAUAGUGCUUCCAGAUGAGCUUCAGAACCUGCGCCUGCUCGCUCGUCAACGUCUCUGCACGGCCUUCGGGAAUGCUCAUUUGGC